AUGGAUCGCUACAGCCAGGGCGCGGCGCCGCCGGUGCACCGCGGCCGCCCAGUAAGCGGCAUGGACGCCGCCCACGCUACCGAGUACUUCGAGCACUUCAUGAACGCCACCUCGAUGAAAACGAUCCUCGGCUACUAUCGGCGCAUCUGCGAGUACCUGCACCUUAAGCCGAACGUCUUUCCGCUUUUCUAUCCGAAGCUGAGGGCGCACGUUACGUCGUGGAAGGCGAAGGCUUUGCUCAAGAAGUUCGAUGCUAGGGCUUCGCACAAGUGCUACGGCAAGGGAAAGAUCUGCGCGAACACGCGCGUGCUGAUUAUCGGUGCUGGGCCGUGCGGACUGAGAAGCGCCAUCGAGGCGCAGCUGCUUGGUGCUAAAGUUGUAGUUAUCGAAAAACGUGACAGGCUCUCUCGUAACAACGUCCUACAUUUAUGGCCGUUCGUGAUCGAGGACCUUCGAGCUUUGGGUGCCAAGAGAUUUUUCGGCAAAUUUUGUGCCGGUGCUAUUGAUCACAUUAGUAUUAGACAACUUCAAUGCAUUUUACUUAAGAUUGCGCUUGUGCUUGGCGUGGAAAUCCACACCGAAGUCAGCUUUGAAAAGAUGAUUGAACCUAAUGUAAAUGAUAAGACUGGUUGGAGGGCAGAAUUUAAACCGGCCGAUCAUCCGGUGUCGCAAUACGAAUUUGAUGUUAUACUCGCCGCAGAUGGAAAACGUAACACCCUGCAUGGAUUUAAGCGUAAGGAAUUUAGGGGCAAGCUUGCAAUAGCCAUUACUGCCAACUUUAUCAAUAAAAAAACGGAGGCGGAAGCGCGGGUCGAAGAAAUCAGCGGUGUCGCUUUCAUAUUCAACCAAAAAUUCUUUAAGGAUUUGUACGAAGAAACCAGAAUUGAUUUAGAGAAUAUAGUUUAUUAUAAGGACGAUACGCAUUACUUUGUUAUGACUGCCAAAAAAGCUAGUCUCAUAGAAAAAGGAGUCAUCAAGCAGGAUUUGUCAGAUACGGAGAAAUUAUUGGGUCUGGAGAACGUGGACAGGGAUGCUUUGCAAGAGUACGCUAAAGAGGCGGCCAACUUUAGUACGAACUACCAAAUGCCGAACCUGGAGUUCGCAGUAAAUCACUACGGCCAGCCCGACGUCGCCAUGUUUGAUUUUACCUCGAUGUACGCUGCAGAAAACGCUUCGAAAACUAUUGAACGCAAUGGUUACCAGUUGCUCAUGAUCCUGGUCGGCGACAGUUUGCUAGAACCUUUCUGGCCAACUGGUUCGGGGUGUGCUAGGGGUUUCCUCUCGUCACUGGACGCCGCGUGGGCGAUAAGAAGUUGGGCUUCGCCGACGACCACUCCGCUGGACGUGAUGGCUGAGCGCGAGUCCAUUUAUAGGCUGCUGGCGCAAACGACUCCUGACAAUUUGAAUAAAGACUGGAAAUCGUACACGCUUGACCCUGCCACUAGAUACCCAAAUUUAAACAAAAACGUCGUGCUUGCGCAUCAAGUUAUUAAUUUAUAUGAAACUGACAACCCGGACAGUAUCGACAAAAUGAGAAGAAACAUCUAUGAAGCGCCUCAAAUUGAAAUGCCAAAGAAACGAAGAAGAGGCGACGUUGACAACGAAGUAUUACUCAGCUGGAUAUCAGAUCAAGUAAAAGAACACGAAGACAUCUUCAUUACCGAUUUAGAAUCGGUAUUAAAGGAUGGAAAAGUGCUAUGCGCGAUUGUUCAUCAUUACAGACCGGAUUUGUUGGAUUAUAAUGCUAUCAAAGAUGGGAACCCGGCGACAAAUAAUCAACUUGCGUUUGAUGUGCUUGAAAAGGAAUUAGGUAUACCUCCUAUUUCAACUGGCGAAGAAAUAAUAAAUAUUGAAGAUUAUUUAACCAUGGCUUCGUAUUUGACGCAAGUUUAUCACACGUUUAGAGGCGAAAUUCCUCAUAUUAAGCAUCCUAAAUUGGAUCUUCCAGAGAGCAGCAAGCGCACCGAGACCACGUUCAAAACAGUCAAGUUGUCCGAUUACCAGGCAGCUGCCAGCCAACGUCUGUCGAGUCGACACAAACGCCACGCGGACGCCAUCUCCUCGAACAAACCGACGCCAGAUCGCAAGACGAGGAAACGUCGCACGCUGGAACGAGUGGGCGCGAGCGUUGUCGAAAGGCAAAAGGUGUUGGAAGAAAUAUCAGCAAACAGAAACGAAAGGCAAAGUAAAAGAAAACAGCAAAGGAAACGUCAAACCGAACAGUUUCUGAAAAGUAUGCAAAUGCUUCAGGCAAAUUGCAAACCCGACCAUUCUCAACCUUUUGAAGAUUACUCGAUAUUUUUGUAUCGUCAAAACGCCCCUAAUUUCGAAGAACGAGUUAAAGAUUUAGAAAAAAAAUUCACCUAUGUACCAGACCAUGAGAACAAAUUGCCAUCACUCAGAGCAGGAAAUGAUGAAGAUCUUCAGGCAAGAAUCAAAAGUCUGGAAAACAAAUGGAAAGACCCGCAACCUGUGGACCGUAAGCCUAAGGACUUACUCAGAGCGAUAGGAAAGAUUGAUUCUACCGACUGGAAUAUUAAGGAAAUCGAGAAGAAAAUCUUGGAAAACAAGCUCGGAAAAUCGGUCAACAAAGAUAAAGAGAGAGUCCCGAAAUGGAGCAAGGAGGAAUUUCUAGCCCGACAAACUAAAAUGGAGAGUAAACAUUUGGAUAGGCAGGACAGUGCUGAGGCUAAAUUUGCCGAUAUAGACAAGAACAUAAAGGUUUUGGACCAUAAGCUUAAAGAAGGCACUGUUAGAGAUUUGGGGCAGAAUAAGGUGGCUACUAUAACUGAAAAGUUGGUUAGCAAAGUACCGCCACCUAAAGAGGAAAAACCUGUAGAGAAAGCUGUAACCCGUCCACCAAUUAACCUGCCAACCCAGGCUGCUUCCGAAUUUUGUCACUUCUGCGACAAACGGGUGUACCUCAUGGAGCGGCUCUCGGCCGAAGGAAGGUUCUUCCACCAUGGUUGCUUUAAAUGUCAAUAUUGUCAUACACAACUGCGUCUGGGCUCGUACUCUUUCGACCGAGACGGCCAAUACGGCCACAAAUUCUUCUGCAUUCAUCACUAUGGAAUGCAGGGAGAGCUGCCUCGUUCCACAAAAGUCGUCAGAAAAUCGUCCCACAGACAACCGCAGCAAGAGAUCUCAAGGAGUCCGGAGAAAAAACGGUCCGCUGGUGUGGCAGGUCUGGAUCUGCUCGACAGAGUACAAACUCCAGAGAGGAUCGAGUUUGCCAAUUUAUCGACCGGUAGCGUUCUAUCGGAUGUCGAUGAACCUUUGAGUCAAAUGGAUGAGGAUGAGUGGACUGAUAAGAAUUUCGGAGCUUCUUGCGCAGAAGAGUUGGACGAUUCUGAUGAUGAUUCUUCGAGUUACAGUGAUACCGAUUCUGACGACGACGCCUAUGACGACGCUCUAGAAGAACCAGCAACCAAGGAAGGUACCAUGAGAUUAGCCCAAAAAUUAAAAUACUACCGAAAGAAGAAUAAAUCUGAUUCCGAUGGGUACAGCAGUUCCGAUCAGUCAAGUUAUGAUGAAAAUUCCAGUGAUGAUGACGAAUCGGACACGGCUACCGAGGGAGAAGAUGAAAUCCGUGCCAGGGAGUUGCGCAAACAAGAAGUGAAUGUAGAACCACCGGUCGUGCACACUGACACGGGCACCGAUACAGAGGUUGUUUCUGACGAGACCAGUUCCGAAUCAUCUAGUGAAGUUCAAAACUCGGCAACGGAAAUAUCGACCGAUUCCGAGUUUGCGCAAGACGAUCCCACUCCGACAAGGGAAAUACCUUCGAUCACAUUUAACGAUUGCAACGUUACUAAAGUGAGAGGCAGUUCGGGGGCCCCGCGACGUCUUCAGGUGACCAGCGGCUAUUUGCAAAAACCACUAAACGGGAAAAAGUCGUCGAAGCCCAAUAUCGAGCUCAAACUGAGUCCUCUUGUACCUUCGGCACCUAUAAUUAAAAAACCCGCACCUGUGUUAUUGCCACGUACUGAAGGUUAUGCUUUAAAUCGCACACAGAGCACUGGUGGAAUUGCUGCUAAAAAAUCUCUUGAAUUGAAAAAGAAGUACUUACUAGGUGAAUCCGCCCAUCCAGGCUGCAUUCAAAAGUCAGGAAGUGCUUCAACUUUAGACAAUAAAUUUAAAAAUUUCCAAACUGACGUUUCCGAUUACCAAAAGUUGCUUAAACCCUCCGCAGAAAUUAGCGCAAGCAUGAAGGUCUUCUGCACAAAGUUGGACGAAAAUUAUUCUUCGAAAAUUUCGCCUAGUUCGUCGCCUCAACCGAUUAGCACCGAAACCACUCAGGAGGAAACCAAAAACGGAUAUACAUCAACGCCACCACUACCUCCUCCAGACAUCACCAAAGACACGGAAAAAGCGGAGCAUUAUGUUUUCCAAAACGAACUUGAAGGUAGACCAAGAAGUCCAGUGCAUGAGACAUCUAUCAUAGUACCCGAAAUCGAUUGGAGCAAAAAUAAAAAGAGCCAAACCGAGGAAAGUUCCUCCAGCGAAUCCAGCUCGGAAAACGAGCUUGCGAGCACUCCAAACUACGAUUACACAAACAUACCAAAAGUGGAAGUCCACUCGGCAAUAGACGAAGAAGACAUACCUCCAGACUCCCUUUGCAUAAUAGAGGAUCCCAAAAAUAAAGAACUCGAAGAGCAAGCAGAGCCAGUGAAAUCAAUUGCCAGCGAGAAAAAAUCUCUUAACCAACCAAAAUCUUUACCGUACUUGGAAAAAAUGUUACCAGAAAUCCACAACUCGUUGCAUGUGCGCUACAAGAAGGAAGAACCUGAAAAUACGAAAACCAACAAAGAAAACGUCGAAUUGGAAACAAAGUCGAGUGGUAGAAGCACUCCGGAUUCCCUUGCCGAACAAGUGACAGUCGCUCUAACGGAAACCGAGCUUUCCGAUUGGGCCAGAGAGGGCGAGGUGUCGGAUGACCUAGAAGAGUUUGCCGAGUUUGAAUUAAAUGAACAUAUUGAAACCAACAGGAGCGCUAAGAAUCCUAAAAAUUGUAUGGCUGAGAACAUAAAGAAGGCUGACAUUGCGGAGCUGGACGAUUUUGGACAUGUUUGUGGUAAAGCACAAGAUUUUGUUGAUGUGAAAAAUAUGGUGCUUGAAGACAGUUGCAAGUCAAUUAAUGUUAAUUUUGACAAUAUAGAGUUUAUGGAUACUGGCACUGAAACCAGUAGCGAUGAAGGAGUAGUCGAUAGCCAAAAUGGCUAUGUGUUAUUUAAAAACGACGACGAAAUACCUGAAGACAGCCUAAAUCCGAUUAUAAACCAAUUGGUUGAAGCCAAAAACGAGCAUUUAGGCUCAAAGUUAGAGGGUAUCAAAAACACUGGAUACUGCAUAAUAUCCAACAUGGAAAACAAUUUCGGUAGCGAAGUUAUCGAUUUGAAACCGUCCGAUUUAGAAAAAUUAAAGCAAAAACAGGCAGCUACCGAACAUGAAGACGACAGCCUAUUAAUAGUAGACACUGGCACUACAACUGAAGAAAACACUUGCAGCGACUCUACGGUCAAAAAUGUCUCCGAUAUUAGAAUCGACAAGGCCAAGGCGAUUUUUGAAAACAAUAAUUCGCAGAAGCAAAGGCUGGAAGAAAAAUUAGCCUCAGUCAAAGCUGAGCAAGCAUUGCUCAAGCAAAAUAGUGAUCAAAACAAACAAUCUAGUCAUAAUAAAAUUAUUGUAGAUGAUGUUAAUUUAGAAUUCGACGAGCAUUGCCAUAGAUUACAAUCCAAAGUCGAUUUUGGCAACGCGAAGGAUUCCAUAGAUAUUAGGAAAUCUAGAAGGAAGAGCAAGUCGGAAGUCACCCCGAAACCUGACUUAAUUCAGGAAGAAAAAGAUAAACCAAGUCCCGUUCACGCUAAAAAAGACAUCACGCUAAAUUUAACCCCUACAGUGCGCACUCCGGAUGUUCUAUACAAAAAAGAAAACAUAAUGAAAGAGAGAGAUGAUAAUCAGAGGUUGAUUCAAGAGAUGGUCAUGAACAAAAUGAAGGCGGAGAAUAAGUCCUUGGAAAGGCGUAGAAGAAAUAGAACUCCCAGCAAACAAUACGACUUAACCAAAUCCGCAACCACGGACAUCUCUCAAAUUAACCUAGACAAUUCAAAUAGAAACUCCACGUACUCUAACGCUAGCAUGUACUCCACGCCAGAUGUUUUACUAUCCACAAACUCCGUACCACUGCAAUUAUCGCACUCGGUUAACACAGCAGAAUAUUCUGGCAGAAAAGAAAACAAUAAGCCAACUUACAAUGACAGCGUGUUCAAUGAUUUUCAAACGCCCAAAGCUCCACCUCGUACAAAAAACGAUGACAUUACCCGCACCUCUGAAAAAAUGAAGCAAGUAGCUAGAGAAAGAGCGAGACUAAUGUCAAACGAAGACCUGGGCUUAAGUCCGGAGGACAAGUUCCAGAGGGUAAAAGAUAAACACUGCAAGAAGGGCAAAGAAAAUACUCAAGUCAAUAACCAGUCUGUCGAAAACAGAAACUCGUGGUUGCACAAUAAUUCUUUUAUGAAAAAGAAGAACAAUUCCACGCCAAAGUUGCACAGCACAAGUACAACGAAUCUAACGACUGCCCCAACAAGAACGAAAUCCGUAUCCGGGAUUAGCAAUAAUUUUGUGAUUGCCAAUGAAACGCCAGACGCUUUAAAAAUGUGCAAGUCCGAUCCUAAUUUAUUGGAUACUGAAGAUUCGAAGAAGAAGAAAACUAGAGGCGAAAGUUUUCUGAAGAAAAGUCAAAGCUUUCUCAAGAAAGGGCAGACAUUUUUCAAAAGUUUAUCCCCAAAAAAGCUAGACAAAUCAAAGUCAUGUUCAAAUCUGGACCAGAAAAUCACUGAAACCAUUAUUGAAACGCCAAUAAUAAGAAAGAGCUAUUCGGAAAUUUCUUCAAUAAAUCAUGUAGAUAAUGAUGUCUCUCCACCCCCUAUCCCACCUUUACCUGUAAAUUAUACUGGCAAUUCCAUUAAAGGAACUGAUGAUAGUUCCGAUGGUGAACAAGACUGGAAAAAACAUGAGCUUAGUUCUUGUGACAAUAUUGAUCAAUCUGGUAUGUUUGAAAGCUCCAUUACUAGUGUUUCAAGUAGAAGAAGUAAAUCCUCUAGAAAAGCUAGACAAACCCAGCUCAAAAGACACCGAAUGGCCCAAGAAAUACAACGUAAACUGGAGGAAACAGAAGUGAAAACCAGAGAGCUGGAAAAACGGGGCGUGCUGGUCGAGAAAGCGCUCCGAGGCGAAGAUAGCGAAUACAGCACGAAAGACGAGUCCGAACUGUUACAAGAAUGGUUCGAUUUGAUGAGAGACAGGACUGAACUGCGCAGGUACGAGAAGGAAUUGAUGGUGCGCGCGCAGGAGCUGGAACUUGAAGACAGGCAUGCGCGACUUCAGCACGAUCUACGUGAAAGACUUGAAAGUGAUCAAAAAACUGAAGCAGACUCAAAAGCUGAAGAAAGUAUAAUAACAGAGAUGUUGGAUAUUGUUUCAAAGAGAGAUUCAUUAUUGGCUGUCAUGGAAGAAGAACGUCUAAGGUGCUUUUCUCCCCUAAAUAGUGGCUCUUCCAUUUUAUUGAGGAAACCUGCAUUGGCCUCACAGAAUGAAAACACUAAUUUGCUUGCAUGCCCGCUUUUUUUGUUUAUUUAUUUUAUUUGG